CCGGGGUGGGAGCGGCGGCGCGGCGCGGGGCGGGCAGCGGCGCCCCGUGGUGCGGUAUGUCCAAGACGCUGCGGAAGAAGCGGCACUGGCUGAGCAAGGUGCAGGAGUGCGUGGUCUCCUGGGGCGGCCCGGCGGGCCCCGACCCCGACCUCCUGCGCGGCGGAGCCGAGCGCGGCGAGUUCCCGUACCUGGCGGGCCGCCUGUCGCCGGCCGGCGAGGGCGCGCCGGGCCCCGCGCUGCUCUCGGGCAAGGCGCCGGCUCCCGGCGACGUGCUGCUGGAGGUGAACGGCACCCCCGUCAGCGGCCUCACGCACCGCGACACGCUGGCCGUCGUCCGGCACUUCAGGGAGCCCGUGCGCCUCAAGACCGUGCGCCCAGGAAAAGUCAUCAACAAAGACUUGCGCCACUACUUGAGCCUUCAGUUCCAGAAGGGCUCCAUAGACCAUAAACUCCAGCAAGUGAUCAGAGACAAUCUCUACUUGAGAACCAUCCCUUGCACUACAAGGGCUCCCAGAGAUGGGGAGGUCCCUGGGGUAGACUAUAAUUUCAUUCCUGUUGAGCAAUUUAAAGCACUGGAAGAAAGUGGAGCCUUGCUAGAAAGUGGAACAUAUGAUGGUAACUUUUACGGCACUCCGAAGCCUCCAGCGGAGCCCAGCCCCUUCCAGCCUGAUCCGGUGGAUCAAGUUCUUUUUGACAAUGAUUUUGAUACCGAGUCACAGAGGAAAAGAACCACAUCUGUCAGCAAAAUGCAAAGGGUGGACAGUGCUCUCCCUGAAGAGGAGGAAGAGGAGGAAAAGGAGGCAGUUAAUGGCAGCGGAGGGAUAGAAAACAAAGAAAAACAUUCAGAUUCUCCUGACUGGAUGAAACCUGUUCCCAGCUACAACCAGACAAGCAGCUCCAUGGACUUCAGGAAUUACUUGUCGAGGGAUGAAACCCUGGAACCGCUGCCCAAGAACUGGGAGAUGGCCUACACUGACACUGGCAUGAUCUACUUCAUUGAUCAUAACACCAAGACAACCACAUGGCUUGAUCCACGGCUCUGUAAGAAGGCCAAGGCUCCUGAAGAUUGUGAAGAUGGAGAACUUCCUUAUGGGUGGGAAAAAAUAGAAGACCCUCAAUAUGGAACAUAUUAUGUUGAUCAUAUUAACCAGAAAACUCAGUUUGAAAACCCAGUAUUGGAAGCCAAAAGGAAAAAGCAGCUAGGACAGACUGAUGUUUGCCCUUCAAAAUCAGUAGGACCAGAGAAGUCUGUCUUCACCAGAGAUCCAUCCCAGCUCACGGGAGCUCUGCUCCGGACAUCCCUGAAAAAAAGCACCAUGGGAUUUGGCUUUACAAUCAUCGGAGGAGAUAGACCAGAUGAGUUUCUCCAGGUGAAGAAUGUGUUAAAAGAUGGCCCUGCUGCACAAGAUGGGAGAAUUGCACCAGGUGAUGUGAUUGUGGACAUAAAUGGAAGUUGUGUCCUUGGCCAUACCCAUGCAGAUGUUGUCCAGAUGUUUCAGCUAGUCCCUGUCAAUCAGUAUGUGAACAUGACUUUGUGUCGGGGUUACCCUCUUCCUGAUGACAACGAAGAGCCCGUGGUAGAUAUAGUGACAGCUACACCUAUUAUCAACGGACCACCCAUGACCAAAGGAGAUGUUUGCAUGAGCAGCCAAGAGUUAAUAGCAGGAACAGUGGUGUUGGAACAGAAUGGGAAAAUGGGCCCUAUGUUGGUCAACGGUCGCCUGAAUGGUCCUUCCAUGGAUACAACAGAGCAGAGGAUCUCUCUGGCAUCUUCAGGAGGCUCUCAGCCAGAGCUGGUCACCAUUCCUCUAGUCAAAGGUCCCAAAGGCUUUGGGUUUGCCAUUGCAGACAGUCCUACAGGACAGAAGGUGAAAAUGAUUUUGGACAGCCAGUGGUGCCAGGGCCUUCAGAAAGGGGACGUGAUCAAGGAGAUCUGCCAUCAGAACGUACAGAGCUUGACACAUCUGCAGGUGGUGGAGGUGCUGAAGCAGUUUCCAGUAGGAGCAGAAGUGCCACUGCUUAUCUUAAGAGGAGGUCCAUCCUCACCUACUAAAACCUCUAAAGGGAAGGACAAGCAGGACAGUUCAGGCAGUUUGGAGGCUGUCGGUGAUCCCAUCCCACAGCCGAUGCCGUUUCCACCCGCUGCUGUACGACCAGGCUCUCCUAAACUAGACCCUUCAGAAGUCUACCUGAAGUCCAAGACUAUAUAUGAGGACAAACCUCCAAACACAAGAGAUUUGGAUGUUUUCCUGCGAAAACAAGAGUCAGGCUUUGGUUUCCGGGUGCUUGGAGGGGAUGGACCAGAUCAGCCUAUCUACAUUGGAGCCAUCAUCCCUUUGGGAGCAGCAGAAAAAGACGGGAGGCUUCGUGCUGCAGAUGAGCUGAUGUGUAUCGAUGGGAUCCCUGUUAAAGGGAAGUCACACAAACAAGUUCUGGACUUGAUGACCAGCGCUGCACGGAACGGUCAGGUGCUGCUCACAGUCCGGAGGAAGAUCUUCUUUGGUGGGGAAAAGCAAGUGGAGGAGGAGGAGUCACAGCCUGGCUUGUCACAGAACAGCUCUCCCCGCCUCAGUCGGGUGGAGUUUGCAAACCAGCAGCCCCCUGAGGGCUACGAUGUGCGUCUGCAGAGGAAGGACAACGAAGGCUUCGGCUUCGUCAUCCUCACCUCAAAGAACAAACCUCCUCCUGGUGUGAUUCCUCACAAGAUUGGGCGAGUUAUAGACGGGAGCCCAGCUGACCAGUGUGGGAAGCUGAAAGUGGGAGACCGCAUCUCGGCCGUGAACGGCCAGUCCAUCGUGGAGCUCUCCCAUGACAGCAUCGUGCAGCUCAUCAAGGAUGCUGGCAAUGUGGUCACUCUGACUGUUGUGGCUGAGGAAGAGCACCGUGGUCCUCCGUCAGGAACCAACUCAGCGCGGCAGAGCCCGGCUCCGCAGCACCGGCCGCUGGGAUCUGCACAGAUCAGCACAGACAGGGGAGCUACAGAAGGUGAAGCUGGAAAAGAAGCCUCCAGCAGUUACAGGCUUUCCUGGCCUGAGCACAAGCACUUGGCCCAGCCCGAUGCUGGCGUCGCUGCUGCUGGUGGCCGUCACCCCCAGACACAGAAUCCUGGCUGUUUCCCAGUGGAGUUGGAAAGGGGCCCUCGAGGGUUUGGAUUCAGCCUUCGAGGAGGAAAGGAAUACAACAUGGGUUUAUUCAUCCUUCGGCUCGCUGAAGACGGGCCAGCUGUCAAGGAUGGGAGAGUACAUGUUGGGGACCAAAUUGUUGAAAUUAACGGAGAACCCACGCAAGGAAUCACUCACACACGAGCCAUUGAGCUCAUUCAGGCUGGAGGGAACAAAGUUUUGCUGCUGCUGAGACCAGGGACUGGCUUGAUACCAGAUCACAGUGAUUGGGAUAGUUAUAAUCCAUCUUCAUCAAAUGUAAUAUAUGAAGAACAGUCACCAUUAUCUUCAUCUUCACAUUCUGCUUCCCCAUCUGAAGUGUGUUAUUUACCAGUACCAGGAGAAGCUUUAACGAGAAUUCAGCUGUCUGAGAAACUGGAACAAGCAAAGAACACUGUGCCUGAAAAGAUAAGCACUUUAACUGAAAACCAGUUUGAGGUGAAGCCUCAGUCUUCUCCCCAGAGAAUGAAGAAGAGAUGGGAAUGUCCCUCCAGCUCUGGGUUCAAAACCACAAAAGGUAGUUUGGAGUUAGGGACCAGCAGAGACAGAUCUGCAAGUCCAGAGAAGUUAGUGGCUGCUGAGGGACACCCUGACCCAGGAUUCCACAGCCCCAGGAAGGGGGAUCCUGACAGAACCCAUGGCACUCUCUCACAUAAAUCUGACAGUUCCAAAAAGAGUGAGAGUAAAGCCCCAGAAAUAGGGAUGAACAACAGUAGCAAAAAAGAGUAUUCCAGUGGAAAUGGAGGAAGGUCUGGCAGCCCCCAAAAGCACCUGGGUAAGCAAGGAAAGGCAGAAGCCAUGGGCAGGUCACAAGAACAGGACAGAAGGACUGGUGGGGAUAGGAUGAGUGCUGAGAAAUGGAAAGGUGGAAAUGGCAAAGCAGGAGCCACCAGGAAAGACAGAACUUGCGGAAGGACAGACGGGUGGUCUCCAGAGCGACUGCGGGCGGCAUUUGAGGAGAAUCAUCUUCCAUUCAGUGACUUGAGGAGAAACACAUCUGAAGAUGAAAAGAUGAAGAAGUUAAACUCUGGAGAGCCAAGUUCCAGCAGAUUCAAAACUUCCAGUCUGUCCAACAUUCCCCUGCUUUCCACAGGGAAACAAAGGUGGCUGGAAACACCCGAGACUCUGGUGCUGAACAGACCCCACGGAGAGAGACACACGGAGCUGCCCCGUGAAACCAAAGAUGGCAUUUCCAAAUCUGAGAACAGUUCUCCAGUCAAGAAAACACCAAUAACUCCUGGACCUUGGAGGGUACCAAACACGUGCAGAGUCACCCCUACAACAGCUGUGGCUGAAAAAGGGUUUGACUGACACUUUGGGGGGUUUCCAGAACGUGGUUGAAUGGAGUUUCGGGUGCCCGUGGGUGAGAAGCAUCGUGUCUGUUCCCCAAGCUGUCACUUUUCUGGUUCUCACAAACUGGCUAGAGGGUGGGAAGUGGUUGAUUCAUUCUUAAAUUAUCUAAGCUGCAUGAAGGACCUUUUUGGAUUGCUUAAAUGAAACUCUCCCAUAAGCUGCUGUCCCCCUGUCCCUCGAGGGCAGUCGUGCUGCUCUCCCGUUGCACUGCUGCGGCUUCCUCGGGUAGUGUUGUGAGUUCCCGAACAAAACUAUUUAAUGCCUCUAUUGCCAAUGUGAUCAUGACUCACUUCUUGUUCUUGUGCCAAGUUACCUACUGUAGCAGUCGACCUGACCCUUCUCCUCAGUGUUCUGCUCACAGGACAGGCAGGUUUGGGUUGGAAUGGGUGUUCUCUCUGAGCAUGGUGCAUGUGGUCACUGGGGUCAGGGAGGAGAGGGGCGAGUUGGGUCUGUCGGUUUUAGGGCAGCAAAUGAGCCACUGCUGCUGUUCAACUGGGCUUUUUCUUACAUUUUUAUACCUAAUACAAGAUCCUGUAGAUAAAAAAAACCUAUAUUUGACAUAACCAGUUUUGUAAUUUGGCUUUUUAUGAACACAGCUGCUUUGUUUUCUGGGUUCCCCAGGAUGCUCAUCCCAACUUUGCCAGCAAAGCCUGGGUUCUGCUCACUCUCACUCCUUUGGUUCCACUGUGGCACCUGUAGCAUUCACCUAAAGAAAACCAACGUGGGCACAUUUCUUUGCAGCCUCAGUGUGGUCUGUACUGAAGUCCCACCUUUCAUCCCUCUAGAGAGGUAGGGUUUGGGUGUUUUCUCAGUGGAGGUAACAAUUGACCUCCAGGUCAGACCCAAGAGUAGCUGUUUUGGUGCAGUAGAAAUCUCCCACUGUUUAUCCUGAAUGUGUGAUGUGUUCUGGGAGAGCUGAGGAGGGUGAUACAGGGGGUACUGACAGCUAAGAUCUGUUGUUGGGGCUGGAAUGUGUUACUUUACAAAGAGGAACAUUGCCCCCAGGCACAGCAGCCCCCAGCUGCACGGGCAGCAGACAGCUUCAGUCCAAGGGCUUCCUUUAGUCAUGGUUUUAGUGAUGGGUUGCUGACAUGUUGGGUUUUUAAUCACUGCACAGAAGUGGUCAGAGGAGACCCUGGUCCAGUCUGCAGGAGAAAAGUGCAAAAGCUCAAACUGCCCUUCUGCUAAAAAUCCAAUCCCAGCUGCAGCCUGGCAGGGGAGGGCUGAACAUCACAGCUGCCUUUGACACCUGGAGCGUUUGCAAAGCUCAGUGAAGCCUCGUGCAUCAGUUCUGAGUUGAAUUCUAUUCGAGGGCAGCUGACUCCUCAAACAGAUUUUGGGACAGACACUUCAGACACGAGGGAGGUUUCGAGGCAGCAGCGCGGGGUGGCCGGAGCCGGACAAAUGCUCUGCGGUGUGGAGUGUGACAGUGAUAACACUGAGCCUUGCCACUGUGUAGACAUUCACCCUGGUUUCACCCCCUGCACUGCCCUUCACCCCCAAGGCUGUUUCCUACAGAGCUGAAUUAACACCACUGUUUCCAUCAUCAGCCCCUCGCUGUGUUUUUCCUGUGUUAACAUCACCCGCUUUCUUGUUUUCCCUCCCUGUGAUUUCUCCUUCCCUAGAACCUGUGUCUGUUUUUACUGUCUCAGAGGAGCUGCCAGCGUGGCCCUGGGAGGCCAAGCAACAGCUGAUGGGCUGGGUGUAAAUGUUUAUAUAUUGUACAGCACCUUUAUACAUGGGUUGGAGGUUCUGACCAGAGAGAGACCUGUAAAGCGCUCGCUAUUUUUUAUAGAGAUAUUAAAAAGAAACUCCAGAGCGUGGCCUGUUGGUUCUGCACUGCAUAACAUGGACUCUUGGUUGACUUUCAGUGGUGGGAUGCUUUGGACAGCUACAUCUGUGGCCUGGGUUCUACCCACAACCCUCGUGCUCUGCUAGAAAACAAACGCAGUUGAUUGGUGGAAGUUCCCUUGACUCCCUGUUCAAACAGAGGCAGUCUAAAGAUCAGCCAGCACCUAGAGACAGAUGUUAAAGAUGAAAUACUUGUCCUGUAGGUUUAUUUGUACAUUUUGAUAUAUAAAACUGUCAUCUCCUUUCCCAUCUGACAACUUUUCCUUGUACAGAAAACAGCUGUAAACGAUUUCCUACCCAAACUCCUUUCUGCCUCUUCCCCCCCGUGUGAAAGAAUGAAGCUUUGAAAAGUU